CAAAUGUUGCAUGUUAAGGACUUCUACUUCCCUUUUGGUAAGUUGGACUUCUCCUUUUGGUAAAUAAAUGUUUCUUUUGCCAAUAAUAAAUGGCAAUAAAGUAUAUUUUGGCCUUAUAUUAUUUAAUUAAUGCUCAUUAUUCUGAUUUCCCUUAUUGAUUCUCUUCCUUCUCCCUCUUCUUCUCCUAUUUAAGUUCGAUGCAAUGCACAUAGGUCUUACCAACUACAGAGCCGUCACUAUUUUUUAAGCUAUUUUGCUUAUAGUUUUCCUAGCAGUGAAGCUCCACUGGCUUGUCCAUGGCAGGUCCAAAUUCGGGGAUGUCGGCAUUCUUGUUGUUUGUAACUUUAAAUUAUGUUAUAUUGAGUGCCCAUGCAAGUAGAUUUCAAAAGCUAACGAAAGAAGAAGACUUGGAGCUCGAGAGACGGCUCAAAGUUAUCAACAAGCCCGCAAGAGAGAGCUUUAAGCAAGCAGACUAUGGUGCUAUGAUUGAUUGCAUCGAUAUAUACAAACAACUAGCUUUCGAUCAUCCUCUACUGAAGAAUCACAAGAUUCAGAUGAAACCCGGAAAAUUUGUCGACGGUGUCAAAAAGACAAAUCCAGUGAGGACCUCUUUGCCCGCUGUGCCGCAGAUCAAGUACCUUUGUCUUCUUUUGGAACAACUUCAUUUCAUUUGGAUUAUCUUCUUUAUUUAUUCUGCAGUGCGGCUAUUUGAAGGCCAAAAUUAUGGGGCAAACGCAACGAUCAAUGUGUGGUCCCUGUCUGUCUUGUCUGACCAACUUAGUGGGGCAGUUAUCUCGAUAGUGAAUGGUCUCAAUGUCCCGGGACAGCUGAACAAUAUACAAACAGGGUGGUUGGUAAAUCCGUAUUUGUACAAGAACUAUACCCGGCUCUUCACCUUAUGGACGGCCGAUAGUUACCACAAGACGGGCUGCUACAAUGUCCUGUGCCCAGGUUUCCUGCAAGUUAGCAUGAAAAUCCCCCUCGGCCUUAUAUUGAGACCGACUUCGGUAAUCGGGUGGACCGCAUUAUGAAAUUGCACUUAAGAUGUAUCAGGUUACUCAUUAUCCGCUCUCACCUACCUUUAACUUGGGCUGUUGAACCAUUUGUUUAUAGAACCAUAUGAGAUAUUUCCAAUGCCCGGCAUUCCACAGAUUAGUUAUCUCAUUUAAUAAAAAACUCUGGAGAAUAGUUAGUUGUGGUCCUUCAAAAAGUUUCUUAGUUUUAAAGUGGUUCUUAUCUUUUCUGCAAUUAUGAUAGGAUAAGAUAUCGGGAAAUUGGUGGUUGAAGUUUGGGGACGAGGAUGUCAGGUACUGGGCGAAAUCCCUGUUCAUGACAAUGGCGAAUGGGGCCUCUCAUAUUGCAUGGGGUGGCAUGGUCUACAGCCCAUCAACCGGAGGAAG